AUGGAGCUCCGGCCCAAGUCAGCGUGUUUAGUACGAGGGUUCCAGAAACAUGUCCACACCUAUCGGAUCCUGCCAGACGAAGAGGAGUUUCUGGCCGUGCAGACAUCGCAGGGGGUCCAGGUGAGACGCUUCAAGACCCUCCCGGAGCUCAUCGCGCUCUACCUGCAGCCGAACCAGGGCCUCGUCUGCACCCUCCUCUUCGCGGUGGAGCGUGAGAAGGACAAGGAGCCGGCGGAGGAGAGGGACUACUCGGAUGGGGAGGAUGAGAAGCCCCCGCUGCCCCCCCGCUGUGCCUCCACCAGCACUCCCGUGGGCAGCGCCACCCCCAGUGGGGCGAGCAACGCCCCUGCUGUGCAGGACGGCGCUCUGGAAAGCGCCACCAACGGGCUCAGCACCAUUUCCCACGAGUACCUGAAGGGCAGCUACUCCCUGGACCUGGAGGCCGUCAGGGCGGGCGCCAGCAGCCUGCCGCAGCUCCACAAGACCCUCGUCGCCUCCUGCAAGCGCCUGCACAGCGAGGUAGACAAGGUGCUGUCCGGCCUGGAGGUGCUGUCCAAGGUGUUCGACCAGCAGAGCUUGCCCGUGGUCUCCCGCAUCUUGCAGCAGGCCGCCUGCCAGACGGGCGAGCAGGAGCUGGAGAGCCUGGUGCUGAAGCUCUCCGUCCUGAAGGACUUCCUGUCCGGCAUCGAGAAGAAGGCCCUGAAAGCCCUCCAGGACAUGAGCUCCACCACGCAGCCGGGCCUCGCCCAGCCCUCCUGCCGCAAGGCCAAGAGCAUUCCUGUUCAGGCGUUCGAGGUGAAGCUGGACCUGACCUUGGGCGACCUGACCAAGAUUGGGAAGUCGCAGAAGUACACCCUGAGCGUGGACGUGGAGGGAGGGAAGCUGGUGGUCCUGAAGAAGCAGAAGGACUCGCAGGAGGACUGGAACACCUUCACGCACGACAAGAUCCGCCAGCUGAUCAAGUCCCAGCGGGUGCAGAAUAAGCUGGGAAUCGUCUUUGAGAAGGAGAAGGACAAGACCCAGCGGAAGGAUUUCAUCUUUGUCAGUGCCCGGAAGCGUGAGGCCUUCUGCCAGCUCCUGCAGCUGAUGAAGAACAGACACUCCAACCAGGACGAGCCGGACAUGAUCUCCGUCUUCGUGGGCACGUGGAACAUGGGCAGCGUGCCCCCGCCCAGGAGCAUCUCCUCCUGGUUCGCCUCCAAGGGCCUGGGCAAGACGCUGGACGAGAUGGCGGUCUCCAUCCCGCACGACCUCUACGUGUGCGGCACGCAGGAGAACUCCAUGGGGGACAAGGAGUGGGUGGACUUCCUGCGCGGGGCCCUGAAGGACUUCACCGAGAUCGAGUACCGGCCGAUCGCCAUGCAGUCCCUGUGGAACAUCAAAAUCGCCGUCCUGGUCAAGCUGGAGCACGAGAACCGCAUCAGCCACGUGAGCACCUCCAGUGUGAAGACGGGCAUCGCCAACACGCUGGGAAACAAAGGGGCGGUGGCUGUGUCCUUCAUGUUCAACGGCACGUCCUUUGGCUUUGUCAACUGCCACCUCACCUCGGGCAAUGAGAAGACGGCCAGGAGGAACCAGAACUACCUGGACAUCCUGCGCCUCCUCUCCCUGGGGGACAAGCAGCUCGCCUCCUUCGACAUCUCGCUCCGCUUCACGCACCUGUUCUGGUUCGGGGACCUCAACUACCGCCUGGACAUGGACGUUCAGGAAAUCCUCAACUACAUCAACCGCAAGGAGUUCGAGCCCCUGCUCAAGGUGGACCAGCUCAACCUGGAGAAGGAGAAGCACAAGAUCUUCUUGCGAUUCAGCGAGGAGGAGAUCACCUUCCCCCCCACGUACCGCUACGAGAGGGGCUCCCGGGACACCUAUGUGUGGCACAAGCAGAAGCCGACCGGGGUGCGGACGAACGUCCCCUCGUGGUGCGACCGGAUCCUCUGGAAGUCCUACCCAGAGACACACAUCACCAGCAGCUCCUACGGGUGCACGGACGACAUCGUCAGCAGCGACCACUCGCCCGUCUUCGCGGCCUUCGAAGUUGGAGUCACUUCCCAGUUCGUUUCCAAGAAAGGCCUGUCGAAGUCUUCGGAGCAGGCCUGCAUCGAGUUCGAGAGCGUGGAGGCCAUCGUGAAGACGGCCAGCCGGACCAAGUUCUUCAUCGAGUUCUACUCUACGUGCCUCGAAGAAUUCAAGAAGAGCUUUGAGAACGAUUCGCAGAGCAGCGACAACAUCAACUUCUUGAAGGUUCAGUGGUCGUCCAGGCAGCUGCCCACGCUGAAGCCCAUCCUGUCCGACAUCGAGUACCUGCAGGACCAGCACCUUCUCCUGACGGUCAAAUCCUUGGAUGGCUACGAAUCCUAUGGCGAGUGCGUCAUUGCGCUCAAGUCCAUGAUUGGCAGCACCGCGCAGCAGUUCCUCACCUACCUGUCGCACCGCGGCGAAGAGACGGGCAACAUCCGUGGCUCCAUGAAGGUCCGGGUCCCGGCGGAGCGGAUGGGGACCCGCGAGAGGCUGUACGAAUGGAUCAGCAUUGACAAGGACGAGACAGGGGUUGCAAAGGGGAAGCUGCCCCCCCCAGCAACGCGGACCAACCUGGACUGCUCCAAGUCUGUCGCGAGAAAGCAUUCCCCCGGGGAGGCCGCGGCGGUGGCAGCCGGUCCCAUGGGAAAGCUCUCGGAUGAGCCGGAGAAGCCCGGGGCGCUCUUGGCCAGCCGCCCGCCUGCUCCGCACCGCAGCGCCUCCAAGGACGAGGCCCGGCAGGGCAGGCCCAGGCUGGACGCGCCCCCCGCGGACCCCGAGGGAGCCCCUCUGCAGAACAGCUUCAACAACCCGGCCUACUACGUGCUGGAGGGCGUCCCCCACCAGCUGCUGGCAACAGAGCUGCCCCCGGCCGCGGCGGCCAGGACCCCCGUCCCCAGGGACAAAGUGCAGAUCACCGUUCCCGUCCAGGCCGAGCUCCGGCGCCCCCAGCAGCCGCCGCCGCCCCCCUCCAGGGCCGAGGAGAGCUCGGAGGAGGAGGAGCCCGGGGUCCUCACUCUGCCGCCCCCGGAUUUCCCACCGCCUCCCCUGCCCAAGUCCAUGGAGCGCGACGCGGUGGACAGCCCCUUCUACACCUCCGGGGCCGUCCGGGGGGACGAGCAGGGCCCUGGCAAGCCGCGGGCGGCGGGGCCCUUUGGCGAGCCCCCCAAGCUGCACCCCAGGCUGCCCCCAUCCCUGGGGCCGGGGUUCCUAAUGGAGCCCCCCGGCGCCCCGCAGGCUCCCGUGGGCCACCUGGACGACCGUUCGUGCUCCGUGCUGCAGAUGGCCAAGACGCUCAGUGAGGUGGACUCCUCCGGCGGCGGCACGCUGGGCCUGGGCAGGGAGCAGCCAGGCCGGCCCCCGGCGCACCCCCUGACCAAAGGCAGGCGGGAGCUGCCCCCUCUCCGGUGCAUGCACCCCGACUACAGCCGCCCCAUCGCCUUCCCCCCGCGCUCCAUCCGCGAGAGCAUCGAGGAAGACUUGGCCGAGGAGACCCUGGGCCAGGAUGGCGGGAGCCUCGCCCGGCGCGGCGAGUCUGGCGUGGGGGAGUGGCUGAGGGCCAUCGGCAUGGAGAGAUACGAGGAGGGGCUGAUCCACAACGGCUGGGACGACCUGGAGUUUCUCAGUGACAUCACGGAUGAGGACUUGGAGGAGGCCGGCGUGCUGGACCCCAACCACAAGCGGCUCCUGCUGGAGAACCUGAGGCGCGGGAAGUAGCCCGGAAGCAUCUCCCCCCUGCUGGCUCGCCCCCUGCCCCCCACGCUGCCCUGCAGGAUAUAGGACUGCCUGCGGAGGAGGCCCUGAAGGAUGCCUCCCCCCGAGGGGAGGAGCUGGCUGAGCCCAGGCACACCGUGGGCGGCCCGGGCCUUGUGCGAGGGCUGGCUCGGGGGGCGCCUGGCUUCCCUCUCGCUCCUGGGGGACUCGGAUCUCGGCGGCCGGGAGGGGAGGUGGAUCGGGCAUGGGAGCCCCCCCGCGAAGCAUUUCAGAAGCGCGGCUGCCCCCCCAGCAGCCCCACUAAGUUAUUCUUAUUUAUUCACGACAAUAGAAGGACCCUCGUCUUCCCUUUGUUUCUGCUUCCCCUGCCCUUGGGCGCUUCUGAGCUGAAUCUGCCUUGUUGGGGGUCCCCAAGGUGAGUGCCCCCCAUCCGCCAGGGGGCCACAAGAGGCGUGGCUGGGGGCCAGGUUGGGGCCUGCCCGGUGCAUGGGGGGGCUCUGCUCAGGAGUGGCAUGCUGCGGUGGCGAGUUCAGCCCCCAAGUCCUGUCCUUGCCCUCUCCCCACGGGGUCCCGGUUUCCUCUCGUGAGACUGGAAGGAGCGUGGCCCCCGGUCCUGCCAGAGCCACGUGCCCCCCACAAGGAGGGGCCCCCACUGCCUUCGCCCGCUUGCUCGCCGUUUCCCCUGGUGUGGGGAAGCCCCCCAUUUCACCGCAAAUCAAGGUGCCGGCCAAAUGCGCUCACUUGCCUCGGGGCAGGGACCUGGCUCGUGACUGCAGGAGGGCGGGCGCCGGGGGGCAGCCCGCCCCCAGCCCGGCCCUCCGCCCUUGCCUUCGGGAAAUCACCCAGUGCCUUACUUUAUCAUACGAGGGUUGCAGGAGGGUGGGGUGCGGGUGAGCUCCCCCACCUGCUUGGGGUCGCCGGAGACCUCAACGGCGAGGAAUCCCCAAAACGGAAUGAAGGAAAUCGCCUUUUCUGUUGUUCUGCUGCUCCUGCGGAGGAGCUGCGGAUGUGCCUGCAUCCAUUUCGUCCUGUUUUCUCUUCAGUUAUCAUUAAUCCAUUUGGUGUGCAUUUAACCCUACUAAAUUCUACUGUGGUGCAUUUUAUACCGACGUCUGUGUGGAUUUUUUAAUGUUUAAUUUAAUUGUUAUUUGAAGCUCUUUUUAUGCUUAAUAUUUCUAGGCUGUGGCAGGGACUUGCUGUUGUUCAUUUCCCGCUCCCCAAAUGCCCACAUUUCACACCUUAGUUUACCACAUUGCGAUGCAAUAAAAGGGCUUGUUUGCUGA